CAGUGCGGCGGAACAUGGCGGAGCGCGUGCGGAAGCGGCCGUGCGGCCCGGGCGAACACGGCCGAGUGGAGUGGCGGAAAUGGAAGCAGCAGAAGAAAGAGGAGAAAAAGAAGUGGAAAGAUCUGAAGAUGGUGAAGAAGCUGGAGCGGCAGCGCGCCCAGGAGGCGGCGGCCAAGCAGCAGGAGGAGGAAGCAGCCACGCAGGCAGAGGACCGGGGACGGCCCUACACCCUGAGUGUGGCCCUGCCGGGCUCCAUCCUGGACAACGCCCAGUCGCCCGAGCUCCGCACCUACCUGGCUGGCCAGAUUGCCAGGGCCUGCGCCAUCUUCUGCGUGGAUGAGGUCGUGGUGUUCGAUGAGGAGGGCCAGGAUGCCAAGACCGUCGAGGGGGAGUUCAAGGGAGUGGGCAAGAAGGGGCAGGCAUGCGUCCAGCUGGCCCGCAUCCUCCAGUACCUGGAGUGUCCACAGUACCUGAGAAAGGCAUUCUUCCCCAAGCACCAGGACCUGCAGUUCGCAGGGCUCCUGAACCCCCUGGACAGCCCCCACCACAUGCGGCAGGAUGAGGAGGCCGAGUUCCGCGAGGGCAUCGUGGUAGACCGGCCCACCCGGCCAGGCCACGGCUCGUUCGUCAACUGCGGCAUGAAGAAGGAGGUGAAGAUAGACCGGAACCUGGAGCCGGGACUUCGGGUGACCGUGCAGCUGAGCCAGAAGCAGCUCCCAGAGUGCAAGACCUACCGCGGGAAGGUGGUGUCGGCGCAGGACCCUCGCACCAAAGCCGGCCUCUACUGGGGCUACACUGUCCGCCUGGCCUCCUGCCUCAGUGCUGUGUUUGCUGAGGCCCCCUUCCAGGAUGGCUACGACCUGACCAUCGGGACGUCGGAGCGAGGCUCUGAGGUGGCCUCCGCCCAGCUGCCCAGCUUCCGGCACGCCCUCGUGGUGUUCGGCGGCCUCCAAGGGCUGGAAGCCGCGGUGGAUGCCGACCCCAACCUGGAGGUGGCUGAACCCAGCGUCCUCUUUGACCUGUACGUCAACACCUGCCCUGGCCAGGGCAGCCGCACCAUCCGCACCGAGGAAGCCAUCCUCAUCUCUCUGGCCGCCCUGCAGCCUGGGCUCGCCCGAGCUGGUGCCCAGCCCAGCUGAAGGCCCUGUCGGGUCCCGGAU